AUGGAGUAUGUUUUAGUAAUUGAAUACGAGUCACGUGGCGAGGUAACAUGUCAAAUUAAGGGCCUUCCUCUUACUCAUUCGAUCCAACUAGAAGGAUAUUUUAAUAACCUGAAUAUUUUGUGCAAAAGAAUACAAGACGAAAUAUUUGAGGUAGACGUAGAAGGUAUUAAAUUAUUAAACCUUCUCGGUAGUUCUACUUACAGUUACAGACUAAUAAGCCAGUCUAUGGCUAUUGAAGAAAGCACGAUUGGCGGAAGAACUGCUAAAAUCCAAAAAACUAUUUGGACUAUGGGAAAAUAA